GGAAUGAAUGGGCGGACACCCGUGAUGAUUGCGGCAAUGUAUGGACACAGGGCGUGUUAAAAGUACUUGUUGAUAAUGGUGGUGAUGUAUCACUUGUGGACUCUAAUGGUGAAAACGUCCUCCAUGCGGCGUGUCGGGGUGGAAGUAACAACAUGGUGCUCCAUUUUCUCUCUAAACGCAUCUCCCGUAUCAACAGUAAAUCAGGCAACGGACAGACGCCAUUGAUGCUUGCAGCAGAGGGAGGUCACAGAGGUGUGUUCGACUUGCUGGUCAGUAAAGGAGCUGACCUGUCGCUAAAAGACACUAGCAACAAUAACAUACUUCACAUGGCGUGUCGUGGUGGAUGUGUGGAGAUUGUACGGCGUGUCAUCUCCGACAACAUUUCUGGAAUCAACAGUACAGGAAGCAAUGGACGCACACCGCUGAUGGUUGCAGCAGAGAGGGGUCACACAACAGUAAUUGGUGUACUUAAACAGCAUGGGUGUGAUUUGUCUGUGACUGAUGCCGAUCGCAACAACCUCCUCCACAUAGCCUGUCUUGGAGGCCAUGAUGAGACGGUGCUGCACGUCCUCAGUCUGGAUCUGUUUGACAUCAACUGUCGGGGGAAGGGGGGACGGACGCCACUCAUGGUGGCAGCUUUAGCGGGAAACAGACAAGUGUUUGAUGUCCUCGUACGUAAAGGCGGUGACCCAUCCUUGGUGGACGAUGACGGUAACAACAUCCUUCACAUCGCUUCCUUGGGAGAUGAUGUAGAAAUGGUGAAAUACGUCCUCUCACUGAGUAAUGCUGACAUCAACAGCAGAGGCAGGUAUGGGAGGACUGCGGUGAUGCUAGCUGCCGAGUCUGGACAUCGAGAUGUGUUUUACUUUCUUGUCUGUAAAGGAAGUGACCUGGGAUGUGUUGACGACAACGGCGACAGCAUCCUUCAUGUUGCCUGUAUUGGAGGACACGUGACGAUGGUGGAGUGCAUCAUAUCUCUGGACAUCGUAGACAUCAACAGUGGAGGUCAGUACGGGGGAACGCCGCUGAUGGCAGCAGCUGAGGGGGGACACAGAGACGUGCUGGACUUGCUCAUCAGUAAAGGUGGUGACGUGUCUCUGGUGGAUGACUACAACAACAACAUCCUCCACGUGGUGUGUAUCGGCGGCAACGCCGACAUUGUGAAGUAUGUCCUGUCCAAGCAUGUCGUGGACAUCAACAGCAGAGGCGAGUACGGCCGAACCCCUGUCAUGAUCGCCGCUCGCUGGGGUCAUAAAGGAGUGUUUGACCUGCUGGUCAGCAGAGGCGGCGAUGUGGCACUGGUCAGUGACCACGGGGACAACAUCCUCCAUGUGGCUUGCUAUGGAGGUCACGUGGACAUGGUGAAGCACAUCCUGUACAAAUACCAUGUAAACCUGGACACCAGGAACCAGUACGGGCGGACGGCAGUGAUGGUCGCGGCACGCAUGGGUUAUGUCAGCGUGGUGGACCUUCUGAUCAGACGGGGAGCCGAUGUGUCUCUCGUGAAUGACGAAGGCGAUAACCUGCUGCACGUUGCCUGCAGCGGCGGCCACCUGGCGAUGGUGGAGUACGUGGUACUGCGCGACUUGGUCGACAUCAACUGUACAGAACUCCUGGGAAUGACACCGCUCAUGUUGGCAGCAAAGCAUGGGCACAUUAAGGUGUUUGACUUUCUCGUCAGUGAAGAAUGUGACGUGUCUGUGUUGACAGUGAAUGGGGACAACGUCCUCCAUGUUGCAUGCAGUGGAGGGAAUGAGGGGAUGGUGAACCACAUCAUCCAGAUGGACAUGGUCGACGUGGAGGCGAGAAACCACUUCGGGUCUACAGCUGCCAUGGUAGCCAGAGAACAGGGUCACCAGUCUCUCUCCGACAGCAUGUCCACGUGAUGCUGGUCAUCUCUGUCCACUCUGUCCCAGCUGGACAUCCACCCAUAUGAUGAGAAGUACAGAUCCCUGGUGACGGGAAAAUAGUUCUAUAUAGUAUCAAAACUGCAAAUAUUUCGAUUUCGUUGUCCUUUUGUUUCCUGUUUUACUA